AUGUGGGGCUGUUCGAGUUGCGGAACAAGUCGUCUGGUCAACUUGCUGGUCUUUACCGUUUUGAUUAGUUUGGCCGAGGCUUGGCAACAGAAUCUUCCGCCAAAGAACAGUGUCAGAUAUGGCGCAUUCAAUUCGGACCAAAUAUUUCACGGAAAUAAGACCGCCACAGACUACUUCAAAAUACUCCUCCAAGAUCAGACGACGGCACUAAUAGGAUCCAGAAAUGUACUUUACAACAUCAGUUUGGACACCAUGAAGGAAAAUCACAAAUACUAUUGGAAUUCUUCAGAAGCGAAUUAUGAAAUGUGUCAGUUGAAGGGCAAAUCGGAGGACGAUUGCCAAAAUUACAUAAGAGUCGCGUACAAAAAGAACGACGAAGAACUGUUCGUCUGUGGCACCAACGCUUUUCAUCCGAUGUGCAAAAUAUUUAAUUUGACCGACGGCACCAAAGGCGUGGAGGAAAUGGACGGACGGGGUAGAUGUCCGUACGAUCCGUUACACAACAGCACGUCCAUAUACGCUGGCGACCAAUUAUACUCGGGAACCGUAGCCGACUUUUCCGGCAGCGAUCCGCUCGUAUACAAAGAGCCGAUGCGGACCGAACGCCUGGACUUCAAGCAACUGAACGACCCGAAUUUCGUGAGUUCGUUGGAAUACAAGGAUUACAUAUUUUUCUUCUUCAGAGAAAUCGCCGUCGAGUACAUAAACUGCGGAAAAACUAUUUAUUCGCGAGUGGCUAGAGUUUGCAAACACGAUAAAGGUGGUCCGCAUUCGUACAGGGAUCGAUGGACGUCGUUCCUGAAAGCUCGGCUCAACUGUUCCAUCCCGGGCGAAUAUCCGUUUUAUUUUGACGAGAUCCAGGAUACCAGUGACAUAUUGAAUACGGCUCUGACCGGCAUCGUCGACCCGAUCGUCUACGGUGUGUUCAAUACACCCGUGAACGCCAUCAGUGGCUCGGCUGUAUGCAUGUUCAAUAUUAGCGAUGUCAUCGAGACUUUCAUGGGAUCAUUCAAGGACCAGGAGGCUAUGGACUCCAACUGGUUGCCUGUGAAAAAGAUCCCCGAACCCCGACCCGGGACUUGCGUAGACGACAGUCGGACGCUGCCUGACAUAACAGUGAAUUUCAUCAAGAGCCAUUCGCUGAUGGACGGCGCAGUACCGUCGUUGUUCUCCAAACCGAUUUUCACUCGGAUAUCGCUACAAUCCAGGUUGACCAGCAUCGCGGUGGACAAUCAGAUUUCCGGCCUGAAAGGACAGUACUACGACAUUCUUUUUAUGGGAACUGACGACGGUCGAUUGGUCAAAGGCGCAUUGCACACUAACAACGGUUUGCCCGAGUUUGUCAACAUCGAAGAAGUGAAUCUCACCUCUAACAACACAAAAUCGCUCCCGGUCCGGACGUUGAAUAUCAUCAAGUCAGUGGAUGGCAAGCCGGGACGAAUAGUAGUCACAUUCGACCAACACAUCAUAUCCGUGCCGUUGGACCGGUGCUAUCUGAAGACUACUUGCCAAGAAUGUAUUGAUCUACAAGAUCCAUACUGUGCGUGGGACGGGUCGCAUUGUGUUAACCAUUUAGAGAUCAAGAGUACGUCCAAACAGCAUUUUGUUCAAUCCAUUGGAUCGUAUCAGAGCAAUAUUUGCCCGAAAGUGCCUUUCGAUGACAAGAUCGGACAUUCUUCGUCAAUAGACGAUAACAACAUCGAUUCGAACGUGCCGAGGUGUCCAUCGUGCGCGCCCUGCUACACCGAGAACGUAAUCAACAGCGAUAGUGUUAGCGAAAAGGUAUCCGAGAUGCCCGUUAUCUCUCUGGGCGACGUCAUCGGGCUGCUGAUGAUGAUGUGUGUGCUGGCCACGCUGCUCGUCGGGUUCGCGGCCGGUUUCGUGUGCUCUCGGUACUUUCGGCACUCCGCCGAUCCGUUUUCGUCGAUGGCCAUUCACGCCCAUCACCAGCUUAACCGACUGGCCGAUAUGAACGGGGCGGCGGAGAUUGGCACAGCUCCGUUCCUACCGUGCCCUAACAACAAGGCACCGAUCAACCUGCUGGUGAACGUGACCAAGUGCAAGAACGACACGCUCGAGAAGAACUUGGACUCGGCGGUGGAGAACAAGACCCUUCAAAAGGUCAAGAAAACGUAUAUAUAA